AUGUCAAAAGCUGUUGGUAUUGAUUUAGGUACUACAUACUCAUGUGUUGCUCAUUUUGCAAACGAUAGAGUUGAAAUCAUUGCAAAUGAUCAAGGUAAUAGAACUACUCCAUCAUUCGUUGCAUUCACUGAUACUGAAAGAUUAAUUGGUGAUGCUGCUAAAAAUCAAGCUGCUAUGAAUCCAGCUAAUACUGUUUUCGAUGCUAAAAGAUUAAUUGGUAGAAAAUUCAAUGAUGCUGAUGUUCAAAAUGAUAUUAAACAUUUCCCAUUUAAAGUUAUUGAUAAAGGUGGAAAACCAGUUAUUCAAGUUGAAUAUAAAGGUGAAACUAAAGUAUUUACUCCAGAAGAAAUUUCUUCAAUGGUUUUAGGUAAAAUGAAAGAAACUGCUGAAGGUUAUUUAGGUACUAAAGUUAAUGAUGCUGUUGUUACAGUUCCAGCUUAUUUCAAUGAUUCUCAAAGACAAGCAACCAAAGAUGCUGGUUUAAUCGCUGGUUUAAAUGUUUUAAGAAUUAUUAAUGAACCAACUGCUGCUGCCAUUGCUUAUGGUUUAGAUAAAAAAGGAGCUAAAGGUGAGCAUAAUGUUUUAAUCUUUGAUUUAGGUGGUGGUACUUUCGAUGUUUCAAUCUUAGCUAUUGAUGAUGGUAUUUUCGAAGUUAAAGCUACUGCUGGUGAUACUCAUUUAGGUGGUGAAGAUUUUGAUAAUAGAUUAGUCAACUUUUUCAUUCAAGAAUUUAAAAGAAAAACUAAGAAAGAUAUUUCAGGUAACCAAAGAGCUUUAAGAAGAUUAAGAACUGCUUGUGAAAGAGCUAAAAGAACUUUAUCAUCAUCAGCUCAAACUUCAAUUGAAAUUGAUUCAUUAUAUGAAGGUAUUGAUUUCUAUACUUCAAUUACAAGAGCUAGAUUUGAAGAAUUAUGUGCUGAUUUAUUCAGAUCAACUUUAGAACCAGUUGAAAAAGUAUUAAAAGAUGCUAAAUUAGAUAAAUCACAAAUUGAAGAAAUUGUUUUAGUUGGUGGUUCUACUAGAAUUCCAAAAGUUCAAAAAUUAGUUUCAGAUUUCUUUAAUGGUAAAGAAUUAAAUAAAUCAAUUAACCCAGAUGAAGCAGUUGCUUAUGGUGCUGCUGUUCAAGCUGCUAUCUUAACUGGUGAUACUUCAUCAAAAACUCAAGAUAUCUUAUUAUUAGAUGUUGCUCCAUUAUCAUUAGGUAUUGAAACUGCUGGUGGUAUUAUGACUAAAUUAAUUCCAAGAAAUUCAACUAUCCCAACUAAAAAAUCAGAAACUUUCUCAACUUAUGCUGAUAACCAACCAGGUGUUUUAAUUCAAGUAUUUGAAGGUGAAAGAGCUAAAACUAAAGAUAACAAUUUAUUAGGUAAAUUCGAAUUAUCAGGUAUUCCACCAGCUCCAAGAGGUGUUCCACAAAUUGAAGUUACUUUUGAUAUUGAUGCUAAUGGUAUCUUAAAUGUUUCAGCUUUAGAAAAAGGUACUGGUAAAACUCAAAAAAUUACUAUUACAAAUGAUAAAGGUAGAUUAUCAAAAGAAGAUAUUGAAAAAAUGGUUAGUGAAGCUGAAAAGUAUAAAGAAGAUGAUGAAAAAGAAGCUGCAAGAAUUCAAGCUAAGAAUGGUUUGGAAUCAUAUGCUUAUUCAUUGAAAAACACUUUAGAUGGUGAAUUAAAAGAUAAAUUAGAUGCUUCAGAAGUUGAAACUGUUACUAAAGCUGCUGAUGAAACUAUUUCAUGGAUUGAUGCUAAUCAAACUGCUACUACUGAAGAAUAUGCUGAUAAACAAAAAGAAUUAGAAGGUGUUGCUAAUCCAGUAAUUUCAAAAGCUUAUCAAGGUGCUGGUGGUGCUCCAGGUGGUGCAGGUUUCCCAGGUGGAGCUCCAGGUGGUGCUCCAGGUGGUGGUUCAGGAUCAGGAGGACAGAGUGCUCCAGAGGUUGAAGAAGUAGAUUAA